UUUGCACAUUUUUUAAGAUUAAGGGAGAACAAAAGAGGUUAUAUACGAUUCCGUCCUCGCUCGUGCCUUCCGGCACGUUUAAACAUCCGUGUUACACGUCAUACGUCGUCGAGAAAAACAUCCAGAAUUUAUCCUUGUCCCUGGAUAAACUGCGCUGGAAGGGCAAUAAUAAUAUAUAAUACCUUUAAACGCGGUACAAAAAUACACGCAAAAGUUAAAAAGUUGCGACAACGAUCACAAUGCGAUUUAAUUAAAUACGAAAUCCUUCGACCGAGUCGGACUAUUCCGCUUGUCCAGUUUCUGCGAUGGGAUUUCGUUGCAAUCUUCUUAAACAAUGAUGCAAAGAUUAGCAACGAAAUUAUUAUUAGAUUCGAAGCGAGGAGAAGGGAACGAGAGAAAUAAUAGUAUUCUUGCGAGAAGCGAAACGGAUUUCGCGUAAAAAAUCUUGGAAUCUUGAAAGUGAGGUUAGGUAGGUUAAAGUAUAAAGAAGAGGAUAAUUUGAUAACGUUAUUUUACCUCGAAGAUACAUAUAUACAUAUAUAUAUAUGUAUGUAUUUACAGUUCCACGAUUUACAGGUCGAUAUUAGAUUUUCAUUCUUGCGGAACAAAUUCGCAGAGUUUCGUUUCGCCUGCCUCGUUUCCGCAAACUUUACCAAUCUUUCACGGUCCCUUUACGCGAAAGCAGUUUUUCACUCUGUCUUUUGAACGCGCGUCCAUAAACAGCUGCGUCAGCGUAUUAAUCAAUCGUUCGUCCGACUCGAGCAACGAAUUUCACCAGUUUGUUUUAACUUAACCGUGCAAUAAUUCCUACACAUCAACUAUUCCUUCGUGAUCGCUACAAUCGCUACAAUAUUUCGCGAACGAUUUAUUUUCCUUUCUCGCUUUUUCUCUACUUUGUUCGUGGCCAUUCGCUAGGCAGUAAUUUCUAGUUUUCUACUCACCAAGAAUAAUAAAAGCUUGCAUUAAUCGUACAUGUGAAGCUUCCAGCAUUUUGGCCGUAUUUUCAAACUUCUUCGACGUUUGUUUUCGAUAAUGCAAAAUAAUAUUUAUUCUCAAAAAUAUUUCAAAGAGAUGUAAAUCUCUCGAAUAAUUAGAGGCACAGAUCGAAAGUCAGAACUAUAGAGAUUCCAUAAUCGAAAGUCGAUCUAUCCAUUUCGAUUCGAGUUAAUAAUAUCACGUGUUUACGUUUAUACAUUUCAAUGUCUGGUCAUUCGUCUUUGAGACAGAUAUAUAGUCCUGAUUAAUUAGUCUCUUUGUUGUCUCAAAGAGAAUUAUCGCAAUCUUCAUCGAUGAGCAUUAAUAUCGAUUGAGCGAUUUCGAAUUAAAAUCAUCCUGCGAUUUGCACACCUCGAAUCGGUACCGCGUUUCGAGUAUCGACUUUCCUACCGUCGAUCCUCGAGUUCGAUCGAUGUGCCACAAGAUGGCGGAUCGAUCGCUAGUAAACAAGCAGUGAGUCCUCCAAACUGUCGCCCUCCUCUCUAUUCACACAGUUCGUCCGAUACCGUGGCGGAAAGGAUCUUAAGGGAGUGAAGCGUGACUCGUUAAUGUCCUUAUUCAAGUUGUGCACCGUGAUUACGUCGGUGCAACCUUCCAGGGAGAGGUUAGGAGGUUUUAGUAACAGUACAAUAGGUCUUUUUUCUGGAAUGAUUACUACAGAUCGUGUUCCAAACAUACAACUAACUGGUACAAACAAUGGAUUAUCUAUGGACGAUUCCAAUGUUGUCACAGAAGUUGAUAGUAAAGUCAAAACGAAAUUAUUAUCUAUGUGGAAUAAUGUUAAAUAUGGUUGGACUAUUAAGGUAGUAAAACCAAAUUUUUCAAAAGAAUCUCCCGUAUGUUUGCUUGGUAAAAUUUAUCGUAAAAAACCAGAAGAAUUUUUAGAAAAGGCUUCUGAAGCAGAUAAAACUUUAGACACUGGAAGUGAGAUAUCUCUAGCAAUGGAUGCUAUUAGUUUUGAAGAUGGUAUAGAAGAAUUUAAAAAAGAUUUUACAUCGCGUCUUUGGUUAACAUAUAGAAGAGAAUUUCCUAUAUUAAAUGGUUCUACAUUUACUACUGAUUGUGGUUGGGGAUGUAUGUUACGUAGUGGCCAAAUGAUGUUGGCACAGGCAUUAGUCUGCCAUUUUCUUGGAAGAGAAUGGCGAUGGCAACCAGAUCAACCAAUAAAAACAGAACAACAAAAAUUAGAUGAAUAUAACCACAGAUUAAUAAUUAAAUCAUUUGGAGAUUUACCAGAGCGUACAUCUCCAUUUUCUAUACAUACACUUGUAUCUUUGGGUGCAUUGUGGGGAAAACGUGCAGGAGAUUGGUAUGGGCCAUCCUCUGUUGCUCAUCUUUUAAGCCAAGCAGUAGAGAAUGCAGUAGAACGACAUCCAGCAUUUAAUAACUUGGCUGUUUAUGUUGCUCAAGAUUGUGCAGUUUAUCUGCAAGAUAUAGAAAAUGUAUGUCAAACAUCCGAUGGUAAAUGGAAAUCUUUAAUACUUUUUGUACCUUUAAGACUUGGUGCUGACAAAUUAAAUCCUGUUUAUACAUCUUGCUUAACACAUUUACUUACAUUAGACACCUGUAUUGGAGUCAUCGGUGGUCGACCUCGGCAUUCGCUUUAUUUUAUUGGUUUUCAGGAAGAUAAAUUAAUUAAUCUAGACCCACAUUAUUGUCAAGAAACUGUUGAUGUGUUAAAAGAUAAUUUCUCUUUAACAAGUUUUCAUUGUACUUCACCAAGAAAAAUGUUAAUUUCAAAAAUGGAUCCUAGUUGUUGUGUGGGAUUUUAUUUUCAUAAUAAAAUGCAAUUUACAAAUUUUAUGGAAAUUGCUCCUUCGUAUUUGGUGCCAGAAGAUGAAAAAAUCGACUAUCCAAUGUUUUUGUUUUGUGAAGGGAGUGGGAAAGAUCUCCAUCAAAAAAUUGAAAUUGCAGAAAAUAUAAUUCCUUCUACUACCUCUUUUACAGGUAAUGGAACGUACGAUGACGAUCUUGACGAAUGCGAAGAAUUUGAAUUAGUACAAUGAGAUAUUUAUCAUUGAAAAAAAAAAAAGAAAAAGAUAUAUCACGUACUUAAUACAUUCAUGGAUAGUUUUUGGAGAAGGACAUUAAUGA